CCUUCCUUCUUCAUUUGGACGUCGGCUUUAGUGCAGUGAGCGUUGUUUUCCGUUGUGCGUAACACGUGUUUUGAAUUUUUAUUCACUUUUCAAGUUAUUUCAUUUUUUUAAUCUACCUUGCAACAAUGGCAGACGCAGCCGUCGACAAGAAGGAAGUUGCACCUGAGGAAGUAACCUCAACUGAGCCAAAAGAAUCACCAGUCAAGAAGUCUCCAGCUAAGAAAGUUGAAGCUGCAGAAAGUAAUGGCAAAGAGAAUGGUACCGAUGAAGCCCCAGAAGAUUCGCCUGCUGAAAAUGGUGAUGCUGAAGAAAGCAACGAUGCAUCUGAGAACGGUGAUGCCACAGAAAAGAAAGAGACUGGUGUGAAGAGGAAAUCUGUGGCUCUUGAUGAAGAAACAGCAGAAAAGACCACUCCCGAGAAGAAGGCAAAAGUAACGGAGGAAGCCCCUCCAGCAGAGGAAGAAGCGGCUGCCUAAAAUCUCCUAAAUUAUAUAUGCUUGGUUUACUGCAAUGCAUCAAUGCCCAUUAGAGUUCAACUCACAUCCACAUAUCCCGCUCCUACAAAUGUAUUACACCCAUACUGAUAGCCUCAUACUAUGAAGGGUUGAGCUCUUUUGUGUCUGAUUUAAGUUUAGGUUUAUAUAAUAAUAAAUACAUUGUGUAUUAAAUUUUACCUGUAAAAGUACCUGCAAAUUGUAAAUUUAUGUAUGUAACUGCCAGUGACUGAAUGCAUCGCAGUGAACUGAUCACAUAAGAUUGAGUGUUGUAUGCUGUUUUACGUAUCGUUGUCUUUUUCAGAGGACGUAGGUACGAACCGUUUAUCUACGGUACGAAGAUAGUAUCGUAUAUAAGCAUGGUAUAGCCAGGAACAUACUGCCAAAGUAAUUCACCUCAGUGAAAACUUACGAUCCGUUCUGUGAACGACGCGUUUUAUAAAAACAGCUUUCGAAAUAAAAGGAUUUAUAGAUAAACUAAGGUUUAUAAUUACAUCUUUAGGUAAUUAAUUCAGUUAUAAAUUUAAGUUAGCAGUUAAAUAUCGCACAUUGUAUUUCAUAGGCAUUAUUACUUAACCAUUUAAACAUUCCUUUGCCAUUUUUGGUUACAGAUUGCUUUGUGAACACAGUACAACCUUCUUUGAAGUUGCAAAUUUCACAAAAAAACUAGGGUUUCGGGGGUUGUAGUUUACACGUGAUUUUUUUGUAGACGCGUUUAGAAGGUCGUACAAUAAAAUAUUGUUCACGAUGCAACAGUAAUUUUAAGAUAUGGAGUUAAAGUUCAAAGUUGACAAAUAGGGUAAUAAGUCCAUAUUGACAUACUUACUUGUGUGCUAUUUUUUUUGUACUUCUAUGGACAUCUUUAUUUGUCUUGUAUCCUUUUUUUUUCUAAUUUAUUUCUAAUGUAAUUUAAUAAAUAGCAGACCUAUAUAAUGUAAGAGAAUAUUUUUUGAAAUGAAUCUUCAUUUUGUAAACUUUGAUUGUACGUACGUAACAGUGUUCCUUAAUAAGAUUAAAUGUUUUGACUAACUUUUUUCAGGUUUUUAAUUCCAACUUGAGUGUUGAGAGUAGGUACUGUUUAGUGUUAUAGUAUAGACUUGUACAGUUUGACAAUUCUUCUCUCAACUGUGGAGUGAGUGUUUGUAAAACAUUACUGGCAAUAAAAUAGUCUCAACAAAA